AUGGCUCCCAAGCGGCUGAGGGGAGACUGCGAAGGCUGUCCCUGCUGCCCUCCCUCCCCCACUCCCUCCUUCCAGCCUCUUGCUACAAGGAGCCUCCAGCCCCAGGCAAAAGCUUGGCAAACUCCGCUCCCAGAAUUGACUUCUCCUGGUCUCCACCAAACAGUCACCACAGCCACGCAGGGGAAGACAGGGGCCGAGGCCUCUCCGUUCCCAGGGACCACUCCGUCCGGGCCCACAGGAACCACCCCGUAUGCAGGAACCUCUCCAUAUGCAGGCACCUCUCCUCACGAAGCAACCUCUCCUCAUGCAGGGACCCUCCGCCCAUCCACACAGCCGGAGCCCGCCUCGACGGAGGACACUCGUCUGGCCCCCAGUAGGACCUCCCUGUCCAGGGUCUCCAUCCCAAUGGUCCGCAUCUUGGCCCCGGUCCUGGUGCUGCUGUCCCUUCUUCUGGCUGCGGGCCUGGCUGCCCUCGGUAGCUAUCUUCUCCGCUGGAGGAAGGAAGCUCAACUGGCCACAGAGACACAGAGGAACGAGAAGGUCCACCUCUCACACUUGGUAAGGAAGGCAGCUGGCCCAAACUCGGAUCCCUGUGCGUCGCUGGACUACGCCGUGAUCAACCUUGCAGGGCCCCCUGGGCCUCGAGCCAGCCCAGAGCCCUCUGUCAACCCCUGCACAGAAAUCCGGGGCCCCAGCCAGACUUCAGAGGAAGAAGAAGUCUAUUUCCAGGACCAGGAGGGGGACAUGAUCCCAGGGCCUCCCCUCCACAUGUCUGGGGAGGAGCCUGGCUUCUCGAAGUUCAUCUCAGUGUAG